AUGAGCUGCUUUGGUUGUUGUGGCGGUGACGAUUUUCGCAGAGUUGCUGAAACUGGUCCAAAGCCAGUGUACGGCGCAGCAGGUCACGGUGGAGGUCACCAUCAUAAGCCAGACCCACCCAAGAACUCGCCAGUCAUUCAGAUGCAGCCUAUCUCUGUGCCAGCUAUUCCAGCUGAUGAGUUGAAGGAUAUAACUGAUAACUACGGUUCCAAGUCCUUGAUUGGUGAGGGCUCUUAUGGAAGAGUGUUUUAUGGUGUUCUUAGAAGCGGUAAGGCAGCUGCGAUAAAGAAGCUUGAUUCCAGUAAACAACCUGAUCAAGAGUUUCUCGCUCAGGUAUCAAUGGUUUCGAGAUUGAGACAAGACAAUGUUGUUGCUCUUCUGGGGUAUUGCGUUGAUGGACCACUCCGUGUUCUUGCUUAUGAAUUUGCUCCUAAUGGAUCUCUUCAUGAUAUUCUUCACGGUCGAAAAGGAGUGAAAGGAGCACAGCCAGGUCCUGUUCUGUCGUGGAACCAGAGAGUUAAAAUUGCUGUUGGUGCGGCUAGGGGACUUGAGUACUUGCAUGAGAAGGCAAACCCUCAUGUUGUCCACCGAGACAUCAAAUCCAGCAAUGUGCUUCUGUUUGACGAUGAUGUUGCAAAGAUUGCUGAUUUCGAUCUGUCAAACCAAGCCCCUGACAUGGCUGCUCGUCUUCACUCAACUCGUGUGUUGGGUACCUUUGGUUACCACGCUCCAGAGUAUGCAAUGACAGGAACUUUGAGCACAAAGAGUGAUGUCUAUAGUUUUGGCGUUGUUUUGCUAGAGCUCCUCACAGGUCGUAAACCAGUUGAUCAUACCUUACCACGAGGACAACAGAGUCUCGUUACAUGGGCAACUCCUAAACUAAGUGAAGACAAGGUGAAGCAGUGCGUUGAUGCAAGACUAGACGGAGAAUAUCCUCCCAAAGCUGUUGCCAAGCUGGCUGCUGUGGCUGCGCUAUGUGUGCAAUAUGAAGCAGACUUCAGGCCAAACAUGAGCAUAGUGGUGAAGGCUCUUCAGCCUCUCCUCAAUCCUCCUCGCUCUGCUCCUCACACUCCACAUAGGAACAAUCCUUAUUGAUAUCUUCCAAACUGAUACCACGCUUCAUCAUCAUCACUAUUUCAUUUGUUUUUGUUUGAAUACAAUUUGUGUAAAUUCGUGAAAAUAGGCUUUUUAUUUCUCUCAUUAAAAAAAACCCUGAAAGUCUCACUUGGAAACCUGAAUGUUGCUCUAUUUCUUUUUAUGUUAUUUAAUGCCUGCGGUGUAAGUCACUCUACUAAUUAUACAAUAUGCGAGGAAUUAAUAUCUGUUAUAUGUAUACUAAUACAAUGUGUUUGUGCCAUUUUGUAAAACUGAGAAGAUGGAUUAUUGCUGCAUAGGUGGUGAAGUGAACACUCUCACCAUCUGUUUAACUAAAUAUCUUGUGUUGCUGUCACUUCCCAAUCCUCUGACAAGCUUAAUAGCAUUAGGUGUAAAGUCCAUGUGCAUGCCG